AUGUCUGUUGCCAAAGAAUUUGAACUUGCUAAUGAUAAAUACAGUGCUGGCUUUACUAAGGGAGACUUGCCUUUGCCUCCUGGUCGCAAAGUUGCAGUUGUGGUGUGUAUGGAUGCGAGAAUUGACCCUGCCAGAGCAUUAGGUCUUGAGGAAGGCGAUGCACAUGUCAUUCGUAAUGCUGGAGGCCGUGCUGCAGAUGCUUUACGCAGUGUCAUUAUUUCACAACAAUUGCUGGGCACUCGCGAGCUUGUUGUGAUUCAUCAUACUGAUUGUGGUAUGCUGACGUUCCGUGAUGAAGAUUUACGCAAAAAGCUCCAAGAAACAACACAUGUGACUGCAGAUCAUUUUGCAUUUUUGCCAUUUGCUGACAUAGAACAGAGUGUCCGAGAAGAUGUUGCCUUUUUCAAACACUCUCCGUAUGUGCUUGAUGUGCCCACGACCGGGUACGUUUAUGAUGUCAAGACCGGUGCCAUUAGGAAAGUCGAGGACAAUUAA